GCCCCCUUUUACAUCUUACCACUCAAUCUGACCUAAUUUUUACGAUUUAGCUUCAUGUUUUAUACUAGUAAAUUACUUAAUUAUCAUAAUUAGUUCAAUUAAACACACUAGAGUUGGAUUUCUACAAUGGCAUUCAGCCUCACACUAGAGUUGAACGAUCCACUUUUUUAGGUUUGUGAAUUAGAACCAUUGCUCUUGAUUGAAUGAAGACAUCGCCCUAAAAAAAUUAGGUUUUCUGGUUCUAGGGUUUUUUAAUUUGGAAAUUUAGAUUUACAGAAGUGAUGGGAGAGAGGAAGGAGAUGGUUUUGACAUGUCUAUGCUAGUUAUCUCAAUAUUAAAAUGUCAGAUAUACACGUCGACAUCAAUAAUAAUUUGAAAAAAAUGACAUAAUUCAAUGUAAUCGUGAUUGUCGGUGUCGGACACCGACACGUGUCCGACACUGGGACACGCCUAAUCCGAGGAGUGUCCGUGCGUCAUAGGUAAUUUUUAACUGAACUUGUUAAAAACGCUAACGUGCAAACAAAAUGUAUAACAUAAUGGACCAAUUCGGAGAAACACUUAAAGACAAAUCUAGGAAAAUGGUCAAACUUAAAAGACCACAAACAUAUUUUUUCACUAAUUUAUAAACUCAGCUCUAUAUGUAAUGUAACAUGUUCAAAUCUUUAGCGAUAUAUAACAUGAUACAAUAAAAAUGUAAGAUAGCGAUGAUGUUAACAAUGAUACAUAUUAUACUAUUUAUAUAAUUAUAUAUAUAAUUAUAUUUAUUUAUUAUAUAAAUAAAUAUAAUAAGCAAGGGGUCUUAAGCAAGGGGACCCGUUGGCUCCUUUCCUUUUUCUUCUAGUGGCGGAAGGCUUCGCGGGUGUGAUGCGUAGUGCGGUGACAAAGGGCCUCUUUAAGGGGUUUGAUGUUGGAAAUGAUGGUUCGGUUGCCUCCCACCUUCAAUAUGCCGAGACACUUUGUGUAUAGGAGAAGCGUCUUACGAUAACUUGUGGACGUUGAAAGCUAUUUUGAGAGGCUUUGAGUUAGCAUCGGGGCUCAAGGUGAAUUUUUGGAAGAGUUGGCUUAUAGGGGUUAAUGUGUCUCCUCAAUUCAUGGAUACUGGCUUGCAACUUCCUUAAUUGUAAACAAGGUGCGAUCCCGUUUAAUUAUUUAGGCCUCCCGGUGGGGGCUAAUCCGAGGCGCGCUUCCAUGUGGGAUCCUUUGGUUGACAAGCUUAGGAGUAGGCUUCUCUCUUGGGGGAAUAGGUUUGUAAGUCUUGGAGGUCGAAUUGUCCUUAUAAAUUCAGUCUUAAAUGCAAUACCUAUCUUCUAUCUUUCUUUCAUGAAAAUGCCGGCUUAGGUUAUUAAGAAGAUUGUGCGAAUCCAACGUGAAUUCCUUUGGGGAGGUGUUAAGGGUGGUAGGAAGAUUAGUUAGGUUAGUUGGAAAGAGGUGUGUAAGCCGAGAGGUCAAGGUGGCCUUGGAGUGCGAGAUGUCGGUAAGGUCAACCUUAGUCUUCUAAUUGAAUGGAAAUGGAGGCUUUUGUAUAGCGAGAAUGCUUUAUGGAAAGAUAUUUUAGUGGCAAAGUAUGGUGUUGAGGCGUGCCAAAGGGUGAAUUGGAUUGGGAGUGUGUUACCUAGAAGACCCUCUAAUUGGUGGAGAGAUAUUUGUGGGGUUGAUGUUAUUGAUGGAUGUAGUUGGUUCGGCCAGCAUAUUAGCAGGAGAAUAGGUAACGGCGAAUCGACUCGAUUUUGGCUUGAUUGCUGGUUUGGUAACAGUUCUCUGCGUUUCCUGCGUCUUUUCUCGGUUUCUUCUCAUCAGCGUUCGACUGUGAGGGAGAUGGCAGGUAAUGGGUCGGGUGCUUCGCAGUGGGAGUUGGGGUGGCGGCGGCGGUUGUUUGUUUGGGAGCAAGACCUCCUUCGCGAUCUCCUGGAGGUUCUUCCGGCUAUUGAGUUUUCGGACUCGGCUGAUGCUUGGUUUUGGGACCUUGAAGAUGAUGGAAGGUUCUUGGUCAAAUCCGUUUAUCUACUUUUGGGCAGUGUGUUUAAUUCGGAAUCGGUGUUCAAUGAUUCCCAGUUGAAAGUGUUUAAAAACAUUGUGAAGAGCCCGACUCCUUCAAAAGUGUUAGCCUUUUCAUGGAAAAUUCUCCGGAGUCGAAUCCCGACGAAAGUGAACUUAGUGCAUCAUGGGAUUCAUGUAAACGGAGGUAUGGAGUGUGUUUUUUGUCGGGGGAGGGAGGAGACUUCUGACCAUCUCUUCCUUUAUUGUGAUUUUGCUGAUCUAGUGUGGAAGGCGAUCUGCCGUUGGCUUGGUUUGGUUAUCGUCAUUCCGCCGAAUCCUUUCUUGCUUUUUGAUUGUUUCUUAGGUGCUGCGAGUAGUAAGAAUAUUAGGAGUGGAUUCUCUUUGAUUUGGCACGCGACGGUGUGGUCGAUUUGGAGAUUGAGAAACGAGGUAAUCUUCUCAAAUGGAGUGAAAGACCUGGAGAAGGUCGUCAAUGCGCUUAAACUGUUGUCGUGGAAAUGGGGUUUGAGACAGCAUAAAAUCCCGGUGUGUUUAUUUUAUGAAUGGUGUUGGGAUCCUGGGUUAUGCUUAAGGCGCUGAGGUCGACGGAGGUGGUGUUCGGGGUGGUGGCGUGGUUCGAUUUGAGCUGCAGGCCUUUGUUUUGGUGCCUUUUUUCAGUUUUGCGUUGUUUGCUUCUGCUGGUCUGGCUCUGGUGGCUUUGCUUCUGCCUUAUUACGUGUUAUUUUUGCUCUGGGGUAGUUUUACUGGUGUUGGGCAGGUGGUGCCUCUUAUUGUUGUAUCUUGUAAACUUGUAGUACUCCUUGUACUGUUUUACUCUAAUAAAAUUAGCCUUUUUUAAAAAAAAAAAAUUAUAUUUAUUUAAGUGUUUGGACAGAAAUAUUUAUUUAUAAGUUAGAGAUACAGUAUGUGAAUGGACACUUUUGUUUUGAUUGAGUAAAAAGACAAAUUGAAAACAGAGGAAAUCAUACAUUCAUUGAUUUUCAGUGGUAUAUAAACACAGACUAAGAAGCAUUAUCAACAUUCACGAUCUUCUAUGAUGUCCUCUAGCUUAAAUAAUACCUCAUGAUGAGCGUAGCUACUACUAGCUAGAUCUUGUAACUUUGUUUUGCGAUCUCUUAUCCCCACAGGUGACUUAUUUAUUUUCUUUUCCUAUUGGAACCUCAGGAUUUAUGAAUUGAAUGUCUGGCAUGUUUAUCAUUUGUUCUUGUACAUAAA